AUGAUAUCGCGACAUUUCAUCUGUGUUUUAUUCGCCCUUGGUGCAGUGGCCGUUCCCUCGACGUCUCAGAAGGUCCUCGCGGGCGACUGCUCUCAGCAUGGGCUUCUGUGGGAUUGCGGCGCAAAUGGGCUGGUCUGGACAAAGGGAGCGGUGCGGAUGAAUCACAUGCAGGUUGUCGGGUCGCACAACAGCUAUCACGUCGAAGCACCCAAGGCGGAGCGCGAUCUUCAGACUGCAUGGACAUCUGCGGCUACGGAUUUGCAGUACUCGCAUGCUGCUCUGGACGUGCAGCUGGAGUAUCUCCACGUGAGGAAUUUAGAGCUGGACUUGCUCGCGGAUCCUGAGGGUGGCAUGUAUAGUGACCCGCUGCUUAGAAGGUUUGCCAGGUUGGGCCCGCUUGAUGAUCCGAAGCUUAAGAAGAAGGGUACAAAGGUGCUGCAUAUACCGGAUGUAGACUAUCACACUACUUGCUCGACGCUGGUGUCCUGUCUGCAAGUUAUCAAGACGUGGAUGGAUGCGCACCCGGAUAGCGUGCCUCUCCCCAUUAUGAUGGAGUUCAAGACGGCUGAGGAGCUGGGAGAAAGGCUCGGCGGCGCCAAGGUGGUACCGUGGGACACUGAUCUUUUGAAUCUCAUGGAUGAGGAGAUUCGGUCCGUCUUUGACAAGUCGCAGCUCAUCACCCCAGAUGAUGUACGCAGAGACGGCCUGACGCUGGAGGAAUCCAUCUUGAAGUACGGCUGGCCGGACUUGGACAGCGCAAGGGGAAGAAUCUUUUUCCUUAUGGAUAAUGGUGCGCCUGGACAAGGCGACUGUGCGUUCCAAAGGCUUAACGAUCCUUUGACCGAUACAGAUGUCGAGUUCAUCCAGGCCCAAGUCCGCGCAAACUACUGGGUCCGCACCCGCGCCGACGAGCCCCUCAGAACGGUCUUCAAGGAGAAAUGCGAUAUUUCUCGGCGAGACGCGGCGCUUCGGUCGGGGGCGCACAUUGUGUCGACGGACUUUGCGGGCUAUGAGCUGAGUUCGCGGUGGGGGGGGGGAUGUGAGGGGGGUUUGGAGCCGGAUGAGUAUACGGAGAAUUAA